AUGGGAAUGGAUCAGAAUCAUCAUGAAUCUGGUGAAGAUGUCUCUGAUCUAAUGUUCGUGAAGAGAUCAGGUUGCUGUUUCUGGAUUCCAUGUUUAGGUUCCGAUAGAUCGAACGCCGGUGGUAGAGGUCCCGUUUGGUGGGAGAGAAUCAGGAAUCCCGACAACGACGAACAGUGUUGUUUUGCGAACCGAAACAACAACGUUGAUAACGAAGAGAGGAAAUGGUGGAGGAAAGGUUGGAAUGCAGUAUUAAAGGUUAGGGAAUGGUCGGAGAUCAUUGCUGGACCACGCUGGAAGACUUUCAUUCGACGAUUCAACAAGAACAACAACAACAACAACAACGGAAACAGAGGUGGAGGAUUAGGGUGGAAGAAUGGGAAAUACCAAUACGAUCCUAUGAGCUAUGCGCUCAAUUUCGAUGAAGGGCAUGGGCAAGACAGUCUUAUAGACAAGGAUCGCAUCUACCGUGACUUCUCCUCCCGUUACGCUUCCAUUCCGAUCAGCGUCAAGUCGUCCAUGGAUCUCGGCAAAGACACCCCUUCUUUCACCCUUGUCGGUUGA